GUGAAAAUCAUUUUUGCGCUCGUUUGCCGCUUUUUGCUGCCCUAUUGCAAUCCCCGCGGCAACGGGGUUUCUAAGAAGUCGACUGGCCUGCGGCCACCGCCAUCUGCACCCCAGCUGCUGGCACCAAGCCACCAGGACAGUGAGGCUGCCCAAAUCAUCAUGGCAGACGCCCCGCCGCCGCCGCCGCCCCCGAACCAAGCCCAAGAGGACGCCAAAACCUUGAUCAGAGAGGUGGAAGAGAGGCGCCAAUCAAUGAGCACGGAGGAACCCCCCGAGAUCGCAGCCAUGCGACGGUUAUUAGCACAAUUCACACCAACCGAACCUGAGAUAGAUGAGUCCGAGCUGCUGCCCCGCGAAUUGGGAGACCUUGACGACACCAACGAGUUCGCCGACGCCUUCUGGGCGCGCGCCACGAAAGAAAAGAUGGCUUGGAGCAAGUGGCCGGGGAGCCUCUGGGCAAUCUGUGCACAACACAAACGAUCGGUGCUCUCCCUGAAGGUGUUGGACCAGCGCGUGACGGUGGAAUUUGAGGCGGAAAGUAGCCGCGUGCUGCUCGCGCGCGAGAUCGCCAUGCCGGCUUCCUCUACUGAUUCUAGACGAGUCGCGCCGUUCCACGCUGGAUUUAGAGCAUUGCAGUGGGCGUCGUCGCCGUAUUGUCUUCAGUUGAAUGGCGGGGAUUUGCGCGAAUAUUUCGGGAAGCUCACUGCUUUACGUGAUUGCUGCGCGACGCUGAAGGGCGAGUCAUUAAUAGAUGACGAAGCAUUGAUAGCCAAGUGGGCAACGAAGAACGUCGGCCGCGCGCAACUGACGGUCCAGCCCCCCGACGCCCUCGACUGCGACGACUACCAACGGAAAAUGACGGCCAUCAACUGCCCGCCGCACGUCAUCGUCGCGUUUUAUGAUCCGGUCAAACGAAAGACGACGACUCUAUGUCGAUUGCCGCUGAAGGGCGCCAAGGCCGUGGCGGAUCUGUACAUGGACGUGCUCCACGAGGUGCCGUCGCCGCGGGAUUGGCUGAAAGCCGUCUGCCCGGAGGCGUCCUGG